CAGCUGCGGGAGCAGUGGCCGCGUCGGGAGCAGUGGCCGCGUCGGGAGCCGGAGGAGAGGCAGCUGCGGACCGUCGAGCUGGCCGCGCCCCGAGGCCUGGCCCUGGGGUGGGGAACCGCGCCGCGGAGUUGGAAACUUUCCCGGCAGUUCUCUUUCUAGUUUUCUGUGGUCGACUUGUCCAGAGGAGCUUUCUGGGUGCUGUGCCCCACCCCACCCCCCGAGUGAGACCGCCUCUCUCUUUUGCCAGCACGUGGACUCUGGGGUGAGGCAAGAAGCAAAGCGUGUGGAAAAUGUUAAAAGCUGUGCUGAAGAAGAGCCGUGAGGGAGGAAAGGGAAGCAGGAAAGAAACAGGAGGUGACUUUGGUCCAGAGACUUCCCCCCAAGUCCUGCCGCCCGGUCAUGGUGGAGACUUUUCUGUGAGCAGCCUUCCUAUAACAGAGGACACCUACAGGGUGAGCUUGGCCAAAGGUGUCUCCAUGUCUCUGCCUUCAUCACCUCUGCUGCCUCGACAGUCUCACUCGGUGCAAUCAAGAUCAAAUAAAAAAUCCCCAGGUCCCGUCAGGAAGCCCAAGUAUGUGGAAAGCCCCAGAGUGCCUGGAGAUGCAGUUAUAAUCCCGUUCCGAGAAGUGUCCAAGGCAGCAGAGCCCAAUGAGAAUGAAGCAAAGGCCGAUAAUGAACCGAGCUGUUCGCCGGCAGCUCAAGAACUGUUGACAAGGCUGGGAUUUUUACUGGGAGAAGGGAUCCCAAGUGCCACACACAUAACCAUUGAAGGAAACAAUGAGACCAUGUGCACAGCUCUGAGCCAAGGCAUCAGUCCUUGCUCCACACUAACAAGCAGCACCGCAUCUCCUAGCACCGAUAGCCCCUGCUCAACCUUGAAUAGCUGUGUCAGCAAGACGGCAGCCAACAAAAGUCCCUGUGAGACCAUUAGCAGCCCUAGUUCCACCCUGGAAAGCAAGGACAGUGGAAUUAUAGGUAAGAAGCACACGGCUCGGAGUUGUGCAGCCAUCGUCACAAUCCGAUUUCAGAACCGUUCACCCCCAAAAGAACCCCUAUCUUUUUUUUCCCCCGAAGCACGAUUUGCUCCCUACAAGCCCCAGGACAUUUUGUUGAAACCCCUGUUGUUUGAAGUACCAAGCAUAACGACAGACUCUGUGUUUGUGGGAAGGGAUUGGCUCUUUCACCAGAUAGAAGAAAACUUGAGGAACACAGAACUGACAGAAAAUAGAGGCGCUGUGGUUGUUGGAAACGUGGGCUUUGGGAAGACAGCAAUCAUUUCUAAGUUGGUGGCACUUAGCUGCCACGGAAGCCGCAUGAGGCAGAUUGCUUCUAGCAGCCCCGGUUCACCACCUAAAACUUCAGAUUCCUCCCAGGAUCUUCCUUUCACCCCAUUGCUUUCACCGAGUUCUUCUGCAGGUGUUACCAACACAGCUAAAACACCCCCUGGGUCUGUAUCUGAUACUCCUGAAAACCAGAGACCAAGAGAGGAUGCAGUGAAAUACCUUGCUUCUAAGGUCGUGGCCUACCACUACUGCCAAGCCGAUAACACGUACACGUGCCUGGUGCCUGAGUUCGUGCACAGCAUCGCAGCUCUGCUCUGCCGGUCCCAUCAGCUGGCUGCCUACAGGGACCUACUGAUAAAGGAGCCCCAGCUACAGAGCAUGCUGAGCCUCAGGUCCUGCGUGCAGGACCCGGUGGCCGCCUUCAGGAGGGGAGUGCUGGAACCGCUCACAAGCCUGAGAAAUGAGCAGAAAAUUCCUGAAGAAGAAUAUAUUAUUUUGAUAGAUGGCUUAAAUGAAGCUGAGUUUCAUAAGCCUGACUAUGGAGAUACGCUUUCUUCAUUUAUUACCAAAAUUAUUUCUAAAUUUCCUGCCUGGCUGAAGUUGAUUGUGACUGUAAGAGCGAAUUUUCAGGAAAUCGUCAGCACGCUGCCCUUCGUCAAGCUUUCCUUAGAUGACUUCCCGGACAACAAAGACAUUCACGGUGACCUGCACGCCUACGUCCAGCACAGGGUCCACAGCAGCGAGGACAUCCUCAGCAACAUCUCCCUGAACGGCAAGGCCGACGCCGCCCUGAUCGGGAAAGUGAGCAGCCACCUGGUGCUGCGGAGCCUCGGCUCCUACCUGUACCUCAAACUCACCCUGGACCUCUUCCAGAAGGGACACCUGGUCAUCAAAAGUGCCAGCUACAAGGUGGUGCCCGUGUCUCUGUCCGAGCUCUAUCUGCUGCAGUGCAACAUGAAGUUCAUGACCCAGUCCGCAUUCGAGAGAGCGCUCCCGAUUUUGAACGUGGCCCUUGCGUCCCUCCACCCCAUGACCGACGAGCAGAUCUUCCAGGCUAUUAAUGCGGGCCACAUACAAGGGGAGCAGGGAUGGGAGGACUUCCAGCAGAGGAUGGAGGUGCUCUCCUGCUUCCUUAUUAAGAGGCGAGACAAAACCCGCAUGUUCUGCCACCCAUCUUUCAGGGAGUGGCUUGUUUGGAGAGCAGAUGGUGAGAACACAGCCUUCCUGUGUGAGCCCAGGAAUGGGCACGCUCUCCUGGCCUUCAUGUUCUCUCGACAAGAGGGUAAGCUGAACCGCCAGCAGACCAUGGAGCUUGGCCAUCACAUACUGAAGGCACACAUUUUCAAGGGCCUCAGUAAGAAGACGGGAAUCUCUUCGAGCCACCUCCAGGCCCUGUGGAUCGGGUACAGCACCGAGGGGCUGUCUGCUGCCCUGGCCUCUCUCAGGAACCUCUACACUCCCAACGUGAAGGUGAGCGACACUCUGCAUGGAGAGCCAGAGCCCCCAGCCCCUGCCACCAUUCCUUCAGCCGUUCCGCCUUUCCCUGCCCUGGACAGUGGCCAGAGGAGCUCAGCUUACAACCAUCUUGUCCAGUGCAAAUGGCUCCUGAACCUACAGUGUGGACUGGGCUUGGUAGGGAUGGCUCACGUCUGCUCGCCUGCUUUACCUGGUGUGGCUAGACUCUGGGGAUCCGUUACCAGGACAGCGCACGCACAUGCUUGCUGGAUUGUUGCUGGCCGUCUCCUGGGACUGUCCACCACCCACAGGCCUGGAUUCCUCUCCCUGUGGGUGUCACCGCAGGGCUGCUCAGGCUUCCUCCCACCAUGUCGGCUGGGUUCCAAGAAGGAGUGUUCCGAGGAGAAGCAGGCGUUGCCCAUCUCAGGACCUGGCCCAGACACUGGCAUGUCAUCAUUUCUUCUGCGUUCUGUUGGUCAAAGCUAUCACAGAGCCCAGCCGGGUUCAGGGGGGCAGGGGAGGACGCAUAGGCGCCUUCCUGUCGGUGGGAGGGUGAUGCGAGGCCUCGUGGCCGCUUUACCCCCGCACACUAAUAGACUCCCCCUCCCCUGUGACCCUCCUCUAGCCCUGACUGCCGCUGCAGGGAGAGGCAAGCUGGAGGUCUGCGAGCUGCUGCUGGAGCACGGAGCUGCGGUGUCUCGGACUAACAGGAGAGGGGUCCCACCUUUGUUCUGUGCAGCACGCCAGGGGCAUUGGCAGAUCGUUAGAUUGCUUUUGGACCGCGGCUGUGAUGUGAGCCUAAGUGACAAGCAGGGCCGGACGCCCCUCAUGGUGGCCGCUUGUGAAGGACACUUGAGCACCGUGGAAUUUCUCCUUUCCAAAGGUGCUGCCCUUUCUUCUCUGGACAAAGAGGGUCUGUCGGCGUUAAGCUGGGCUUGUCUGAAAGGUCACAGAGCAGUGGUCCAGUUUCUGGUUGAGGAAGGAGCCGAGAUAGACCAGACGGACAAGAACGGCCGCACUCCCUUGGACCUGGCCGCCUUCUACGGCGACGCAGAGACCGUGCUGUAUCUGGUUGACAAGGGAGCCGUGAUCGAGCACGUGGACCACAGUGGCAUGCGCCCCUUGGACAGAGCCAUUGGUUGUCGAAACACAUCCGUAGUGGUUACACUGCUGAGAAAAGGAGCCAAAUUAGGAAAUGCUGCCUGGGCGAUGGCUACUUCCAAACCUGAUAUCUUGAUUAUACUUUUACAGAAAUUGAUGGAGGAAGGAAACAUGAUGUACAAAAAAGGGAAGAUGAAAGAGGCAGCCCAGAGGUACCAGUACGCCUUAAGGAAGUUUCCCCGAGAAGGAUUUGGAGAGGACAUGAGGCCAUUCAAUGAACUAAGAGUUUCCCUCUAUCUCAAUUUGUCUCGCUGCCGAAGAAAAACAAAUGACUUUGGCAUGGCAGAAGAAUUUGCUUCCAAGGCUCUCGAAUUGAAACCAAAGUCCUAUGAAGCCUUUUAUGCCAGGGCAAGAGCGAAGAGAAAUAGCAGGCAGUUUGCGGCGGCCCGGGCUGACCUGCGGGAAGCUGUGAAGCUCUGUCCCACCAAUCAGGAAAUCAGGAGGCUCCUGGCCCGUGUGGAGGAGGAGUGCAAGCAACUGCAGAGGAGCCAGCAGCAAAAACAGCAGUGCCCGCUGCCAGCCGCGCCCAACGACUCGGAAAACGAGGAGGACGCCCCGACCGCUGGCUUGAACGACCACUUCCAUCUUGAGGAGGCCGAAGACGAAGACACGUCGUCGCAGGAGGAGUCCAUUUCCCCGACGCCCAGGCCUCAGCCCUCCGCAUGUGUCCCCUCUCCGUACAUCCGAAACCUUCAGGAAGGCUUACAGUCCACGGCCGGGCCGGUGUCCCCGCAGAACAGGCCGGGGGUCGGUAAGGCCCUGAGGGAGGCCGUGGUUCCGCCGGGGCUGGUGCUGCAGCCCACGCGGCAGGCGCAGAUCGUGAAGACCAGCCAACAUCUGGGGCCCGCGCAGCCAGGCGCGCGAGGCGGCGGCCCGAAAAUGCAGGCCUCUGCCCAGACUCCUCCCCCGAGGCCUCCGCCCGGCGGGACGGCGGCCGCUCCCGCGGGGGGCAGAACCCCGCGUUUGGAGGGAACAGGUACUUCGACUGUGGGGGCCGGUUCUGGCCAUUUCGGAGAGCGGCUGGGCCCCAGCCACAGCGUCCAGCUGCAGCACAGCGACGGUGGCGCUGCCUGUCCCUUACCAAGCAAGAUAAAAACCGCAGAGAGGCUUCUGUCUCAUGCCCCCAUCGCUGCGGACGUCGCUCCUUUAAACCAGGGUGGGCCAGCGAGCUGCAGCGACGUGCGACAUCCAGCUUCCCUUGCCAGCUCGGGCUCUUCUGGUUCUCCGUCUGGCAGCAUCAAGAUGUCAAGCUCAACCAGUAGUUUGACUUCGAGCAGCAGUUUUUCCGAUGGCUUCAAGGUCCAGGGACCGGACGUUCGCAUCAAAGACAAGGUUGUUAACCCGGUUCCAGGCGGGACAGCUGAGCACAGGCCGCGCAGUACUCCGUUCAUGGGCAUCAUGGAUAAGACUGCCAGGUUCCAGCAGCAGAACAACCCUCCAAGCCGUACCUGGCACUGUCAGAUGCCGGAGGGGCUCCUGACAAACGCGUCUUCUGCAGCUGGCCUGCAGCCCUUGAACUCGGAGAAGCCCCCUCUCAAACAAGCAGGAGGGCAUACCAGCCAGGCCAAAACCUGCUCUGUUCCUACCCUGGCGGGAAGUGUCCACAGUGCGGCACAGGCGAAGGAGCGCGAAGAGAAGAAAUGCCAGAUUCCAGUCCACUGUCAGGAUAACAGGAUCGCUAAGACUGUUUCUCAUCUGUAUCAGGAAAGUAUCUCUAAACAGGGGCCUCACGCCAGCAGCGAAGCCCACAGGAGUCACCUUCCUUCAGCAAAACCGAAGCGGUCGUUCAUAGAGUCAAAUGUGUGAGCCUUAAGAGAGAACCGUAUGUGGGAUUGGGCAGUGUGCUGGCUUCUGGUGGUAAUUAAAAGGUUUUUCAUGAGACAAAUUACCUGUUAGCCAUGUAUUUUUUUCUUUUUUCCUUGGGGGUGAUUGAGAUGCCCUUGAUAUAUUUAAAAUGUGGGAUAAAAUUUCUUUGAUAAAUAGCUAGGAGUCACCAUAAAUAAAAAUGCUAACCAGAAUUAAAAACUAUAAUUAGUUAAUGCCUGUUCAGUUAAACAUUUAAGACCGCCCAGAAGACAUUAACUUAUGCUCUUCUCUUAUGAAAUUGUUUGGUUUUUAUCACUUUUCCCCUAGCCUUUGCUAUGUGAUAAAAUCAUAAUAUUUCUUAGAGAAUGUAAAUGUUUAGUGAUAGAUCUAACUCAUGGCAUAAUAUCCAGAUGGUGUAUUCUGGGAAAGGUGGAAUUUUCAGGUUUCAGUUCCAUUGAGUCAAAUCCCAAUUUUUAUAUAUAAAUAUAUAAAAGUUUCUAGCUGAACAUAAGUGUGACUAUAAAUGUUAUACAGCUGAUUUUUUUUUUUUUCUUUAAGCAAAAUACGAGAACAUCCAAGUAUUGUUCCCUGCGUAGUAGUUCCCUUAAGAGGAUUAAACAUUUAGUUCCAUGUUAUGGUUCUCAUUAAAAAUAUUUUUAUAGCACCUUUUUUGGAACUAUAUUCCCACUUCAAGGUGUUUUUAACGUUUGGAAACAGCAUAAGCCAUUUGGAAUCACGAUUGGUGGUUUUAGGCUAAAGUUGGAUUUAGGCUAAAAUACUAAGAAUACGGCACUCUUUACGAUACGUAAAUUAGCUCUCAGCUGGUUCCCAAACUGUUUUUAACAAUGAUAGGGCACUCCUGGGAGAGGCGUUCCAAGGUCCUUUAAGGACACUAUUGAAUUUGGAUAGUUAAGGUAUGGUUGGUUGUUGCUUUUGUUUCAUUAUACAAUCAUGACUUUUAUAGUCACAUGUUGUACAUAUUAAAUAGUCAAGUUGUAUUCAGACUUGUAAAUAUAACUAUUUCAAGUAAUCAUAAAAAACUCAUAUAUUUGCAUGUUCUUUGUAAGCUUCCUUCAUGCUGAUUAUUGCACUGAACGAUGUAUUAUUAUGGCAUGAUAACAGUAUACAGGUAACAGCACUUUAUCUCAUUUAUAUGAACACCUUUGAGGUGCUACUUAAGUCCAAACUGAUGUAUUAUUCAUUUGUAAAGAUAAGGUACAGCAAUGAACCUUGGUUUAAAGGUAUUUUUAUAUGAAAAUGGUGUGCUGUUGGAGGAUGUGAAAAUGCUAAUUUCAAAGAGGUGGGAGUAUAGUUGUUUUAUAUGUUGGGAUGUGAAAUUUAUUUUCUAGAAUUGGGGAGAAGGAAGUUCUAUAUUUACAGAAUGUUUUAAAAAUGAAUAGUUGUCUUGAAGUUCUUGUGAGCAUCAUUAUGGUUUUGUACGAAUAGGAAGUCUUCUGGUGUCAUUCUUCAACAUUUGUUCCUGAGUGUGUAAGCGUACUUUGUACAGCUUUAUCAUUUUUAUAGGCUUUCCAUGAGUUCUGCUGUAAGUACUAUGGCUUAUUUAUUGUUCAUUGUUUUCUUUAAUAUUUGUGGAAGUCUUACUCUUUUGUUAUGUAGUUUUGUUUCUGCACAACUACUGUACUUUUCCAUAUGGAAUAAAGAAUAUUAAUAGAA